AUGGCCGCUGAUCGUUACAACAUCAACCGCCAGUGGGAGCACCUCCAAGCCAAGUACGUCGGUACUGGACACGCCGACACGUCUAAGUUCGAAUGGGCCGUGAACCAGCACCGUGAUACGCUCGCAUCGCACAUUGGUCAUAACGACAUGCUCACGUACUUUGCUGUCGCCGAGAACGAGUCGCUCGGCCGCGUUCGCUACACCAUGCUCGAGAAAAUGCUCCAGCCGUGCGGCCCGCCGCCGUUUAAAGAAGAAGAAUGA